GGCAGCGUUGAAGAAGUUGAUCUCGAAGUGGCAAGGCUCUUCGGCAGCAGGUAUGCGCUGCAAAUAUGUCUUGGUCUUCAAGGUUGCAACUUGUGUCUGCGGCCUGUAAGUAGAUCGUGCAAAAGUUUGUCUUUCGGAGGUAGCACAGGAUGCCCUUUUUCGGUCAUGCUGAAGCCGUAAGCUCUAGGCGGACUAUGUAUUGUAAAGUCCUUUAUUACAAAAAUGAUAACUACUCCCGCCGGCUUGGGCUUUCCAGUAGACCUGGUGAGGCAUCUAAAAUCUGCAUGGCAAUAAACACGUGGACAACUCAUCCAGACCACUCAGACGUAUUUUCAACACUUGAUAUCUAACAAAUACGAACGUCAAUUGGACACCUACCUAGAAAAUUUGGGCGAUCCCAGUAUUAGGAGAAGUGGGGAUCAGUUCUGUCGUGGCCGCCAUUGGUAUCGUUACCGCCAUUGGGCAGAAAAAUACAAAACCGAAAAUCCUGACGCCAGCGAUACGGAACUGAAGCUGUAUGUCUUUCGUCGGUGGAUGGGACGACACUACCCCCAACUCCGCGGCCGUACGUUUCCGAAUCACGCACCCAGCUCAAGAAUCACGCACCUGAAUCACGCACCCACGCACCUCAGAAGCAGCGCACUGAGUUCGGUGAUGUUUAUCCAUUCAAAUAGUUAGGAACACACUACGCAAUGAAGCACGCACCCGCCCAGGGCAGCGCGCCUCACCUCGGCGCACCUGGCGCGCGCGCACCCACAGCGCGCACCUUUUGGGUGCGUGCGGUGGGUACGUGAUUCUAGGUGCGUGAUUUCUGGGUGCGUGAUCUCGAGGGUACUGGAUUUCAUGUACUGGGUGCGUGAUCUCGAGGGUCUGGGUGCGUGUGUGAUUUCAUGUCCCAUCUCGAGCGAUUGGAACUACCAGACGAGGAGACCGAGGAACUGAGCGAAGCCGAGACGGAGGGCCUAGCGACCGAGGAUGCCAGCGAAGCGGCCGUGGCGAGCGAAGCGGCCGUGGCAGGCUCGCGGGCCGCGCAGCUGGCGGAAGUGGCAGCAUUUGCCGUUGCUUAAACUCUUUGCUGCACAUGGAGGUACUCGUCCGUGACUUUUUCUACUUUGCUUUCCUCAGUUUUGGCGCAUGACAAAGAUCUGUUGUUGAUCGCAGUCCUCACAGCAGCGCAGGCUAAGUACUCACUUCUGAUUCACGUGUUUUCUGCAAGACGGGUAGAGCGCAAGCGGCACGCGAGAUGCUAAUUAUGAUGCUGCUUGGUUCCAAAAAGAAGCUAGACACUAGCGGCAAAUCAAGUUCUUAGAUAUGUCCUUCAGCACUCGCGGGAUUAGGUUCUUUGCACGUAGUGGACGCAUUAAGAGGAGCGUCCGACCGAGAGCACUACCGCGGUCGGUUGCCGCUGCGGUGCGCGAAUUUGUCGACCUCGCUCCCUCAACAUGAGGAACGAUAGGGCGUUAUUGAGCAGCAAAGAAACAGUGAGUGCGUCCUGGACAUGAGUGCUACAGACAGUUUGCUUCGCCUCCUUCAUGUGCCCAAACCCAGUGCUUGACAACACCCAUCAUUAGCAGCGUUGCUUGAUAGGAUCCAUCUUUCGCAGCGUACCUAGUGCUACGCUGUGAUUGCUGUGACUGCUAGUUUUUUGCUUUUGUGGAAAGUAAAUUUAUUAUGUCGUGUACUCACUCAAUUGUUCAUGAUGUUCUGCUUAUGAAUAACCCAAUUCAACAACUGAUCCAUCACUUUCAGGCACGCGCACGGCCGCACCAGAGCGGGGCGAUGCGGUUCAAUGGGUUA